AUGGCCACCCCCGGGGCCUCCUCCGACACCCUCAUCGCCCCCUUGUCCUCACCGACUCACCCCCAAUACCCCCCAAAAACACUUCAAAAAACACCGGAAAUUCCCUCAUCGACCUCACCUUCGGAUCUCGAAUUGUCCACCAUAGCCCCCAUUCCCAAACUCGCCCGCGAAGCCAGUGAUAUCACCUGGCAAGAAUCCCUCGAAUCUUCCAAAGACCAGGUCACCCUAAUCCGGCGCCGCGGUCGGUUUCGCCUACUCCACCAGCAACAGUUUAAGAACAGCCUCCUUGCCAGCGUAGGAUAUCUCGAGCUUGCCAAUGCCGGCGACUUUGCUGCGAAUGUCUGGAAUGAAAUUCCGGUCCCGAAAUUCGCCGCUGUCCUGAUGGGUAUUGGUGGUACGUUGGCGUUGGGAAUGAUCCUCGUGGCCAUUCAGGAUUUCAAAUUGAGUUAUCGCAAUGUCAAGCUUCUCCAGGCGGAGCGGGUACACUUGACUCGACUUCAGCAAUAUCAUUGCAAGAAUGUGGAGAUUACGAGGUUACUGGGGAGUCGGCUGGGUGUGAUUUACAGGGAGAUGGGCACUGAGGUCGUGGACCGCAUUGUCAUGGACGUUCUGAUGGGUUUGGGGUCGAUGCUGGUCGGUAUCGGUACCCUGAUGGCUAUCGGUGGUGCUAAUCCGAAGGUGUACAAAGCCAGUAACCUUCUCUCGGGCUAUGUCGGCAAUGGACUUGCGGCGUUGUUUGGAAUAGCCAAUGCUGUCUGGUCAGUGUGUUUGAUUCGAAGAUUCCAUUUACAUGACGCUGCUGUCAAGGCGAGUGAGCCCGAUGAUGAGAUUCGGCGCCGACUGCAUACCCGCUUUCGACGCUUUCAUUGGCAUGCGAUCGUCAACGGACUUAAUGGAUUAGUUGCCGGUGCCGCGUCGAUGGUCACUGCGGAGCGAUGGUGGGGUUAUGUUGUACUGAUCCCUUGUAUCAUCUCCCUUGUUUUGUGCAACUAUUUCUGGAGGAAAAAGCUCGGCUACGACCGUCCUAUCUUGGAUCACGCUUCUCUUGCCCGGAUGCAGAUGACACCCUUGCUAGAAGACUUGGAGUAUGUCAUAGCGAUGCAGAAAGGUCUUGCUGCACCGGAAGAUCCCAUCUCCCAAACCAUCGUCCAGCGAGACUCCUUUCCAUCAAUCUUGCAAUUCAUCGUGCGAAAUCGAAUGUUGGAGACAUACUGCGACUCACUUUCCCGCGAUAAAAAGACUCACUUCCUCCUCAACUCACUCCCCUCGCCGACCGAUCAAAUCGUUCUCAACCAUGACGUUCUUCUUCAGUUAUCUGUUCCCACUACCCACGCCCCGAUCCUUCUCCGCCAUGCACAAAAGUUCCUGCGGAACGAAGGCGUGCGCACUUUUACCCAUCGCGAGCGCCACCUAUUGGAGCUACUCGGCUACGCUGUCUGGCGGGAUCAGACACCGGUCGUCGAUGCUCGAUAG